AUUACCAAGCAAGCAAGUUUAACCUUUUAGACAAUGGCAUUCUCAGCCUCCUACUCUCUUGCCUUACUCUCAUUCAUUUUCUUCUCCUUUGCUUCAUGGGGUACUGAAGCUCGGGGAUUCCCCAUCUCUUCUUUAAUUAGCAAAGAGCUUUUUGACACAAUAUUUCUGCACAAAGAUAACAAUGCAUGCCCAGCCAAAAACUUUUACACAUACGAUUCUUUCAUCAAAGCAUCAAGAUGCUUUCCCAGAUUUGGUAGCACAGGAAGCUUAACCACACGCAAGAGAGAAAUUGCUGCUUUUCUUGGUCAGAUAUCCCAUGAGACCACGGGUGGGUGGCCUACGGCACCUGAUGGACCUUAUGCUUGGGGUUUGUGCUUUAAAGAGGAAGUUAAUCCACAAAGUGUAUACUGUGACUCCAGCAACACUGAAUGGCCAUGCUAUCCAGGCAAAUCUUACAAUGGAAGAGGUCCCAUUCAACUAUCUUGGAAUUUCAACUAUGGUCCUGCUGGAAAGGCCUUAGGAUUUGAUGGACUAAAGAACCCUGAAAUUGUAUCAAACAACUCUUUGAUUGCAUUCAAGACAGCUCUAUGGUUCUGGAUGACUGAGCAGAAUCCUAAGCCCUCAUGUCACAAUGUCAUGGUUGGAAGAUAUGUGCCCACAGAAGCUGACAUAGCAGCCAAUAGAACAUCCGGAUAUGGGUUGGUGACCAAUAUAAUCAAUGGACUUGAGUGUGGAAAACCCAAUGAUGGACGAGUGAAUGAUCGAAUUGGCUAUUUCCAGAGAUAUGCUAAGUUGUUUAAUGUUGAUACUGGACCUAACUUAGAUUGUGAAAAUCAGAAAUCAUAUUAACAAAGUUUUCCAGUUUGGUGGCUGUUGCUAUUGCCUUUUUUCCCCCCCUAAAGUUUGGGGACAUUGACUUUUUCUAAUUUAACUUUUUGUUUUGUAUUUUAUUGUA